CUAUAAUCAGCAACUCAAAGCAAAUCUACAAUGGAAGAUAUUACCCAUUACCUCUACCCAUCCAUUUCUCUUCUCUUGUUUUUGGUCACAUUAUUCAAAUUCCACCUCUCAAAAACAACCCACAAAAACCUCCCACCAAGCCCACCGUAUUCUCUUCCAUUCCUCGGCCAUCUCUAUCUCUUAAAACACCCGAUCCACCGCGUUUUCUACAACUUAUCUCAAAAAUACGGCCCUAUCAUUUCCCUAAAAUUAGGGUCUCGUCCUGCGGUGAUCAUCUCAUCGCCAUCAGUAGUCGAGGAAUGCUUCACUAAAAACGACGUCGUUUUGGCCAACCGCCCCGAGUUCAUCUUAAGCAAAUACGUCCUCCAUAACCGCAACAACAUUAUCUCCGUACCCUACGGAGAUCACUGGCGUAACCUCCGUCGCAUAGGAACAAUCGAAAUUUUUUCAAAUAACCGCCUUAACGUCUUUAUAAGCAGUCGAAAAGAUGAAAUAAAGCAAUUAUUAUCGGAUUUAUAUCGUCGUGGCAGUCAGAAUUUUACGCGGGUGGAGCUAAAACCGAUGUUCACGAACGCGACUUUUAACAUUGUAAUGCAAAUGGUUGCAGGGAAAACAUACUACGGAGAUAACGUGAGUAACGAGGAACAAGCGGGGCAGUUCAGGGAGAUUAUAGAAGAGAUUUUUAGCUAUGGUGGGAUAUCAAAUUCGGAAGAUUUUUUUCCCAUUUUGAGGUGGAUCAAUGGCGGUAAGCUUGAAAAGAAACUGAAAAUUUUGUCUAAAAAAACAGACAAGUUUUUGCAGGUUUUGAUCGAAGAACAUCGGAGUAAGAAAAAGGGGUUAGAGAGCAUACGUACAUUGAUUGAUCGUUUGCUUUCUUUGCAAGAGUCGGAGCCUCACCAUUACAAAGAUGAGGUUAUUAAAGGGCUUAUAUUGGUCAUAUUAUUAGCAGGGACAGACACUGCUGCAGUGACAUCAGAAUGGGCAAUGGCAAGUUUAGUAAAUCAUCCAGAUAUCCUACACAAAGCUAAAACAGAAAUAGAUUUACAAAUCGGACAAGAACGAUUACUUGAAGAAUCAGAUCUUCCAAAGUUACCCUAUCUUCAAAACAUCAUAUCGGAAACCCUACGAUUAUACCCUGCAGGCCCACUUCUAGUACCACAUUACUCCUCUAGCGACUGCAUUAUUGGUGGCUACAAUAUACCUAAAAAAACGAUCGUAUUGAUUAAUGCAUGGGCUAUUCAUAGAGAUCCGACGAUUUGGGACGAUCCUUCGAGCUUUAGACCUGAGAGAUUUGAGGCAGAUCAUAAACGCGGUGAUCAUGACACGUAUAGUUUUAUUCCAUUUGGUACGGGUAGAAGGGCUUGUCCUGGAGUAGGGUUAGCUCAACGCAUUGUGGGAUUGACUAUCGGAUCGUUGAUUCAGUGUUUUGAAUGGAAAAGGGUGGACGAGAAGUUGGUCGAUAUGAGCGAAGGUAAAGGCGUUUCUAUGCCGAAAGCUGAGCCUUUGGAAGUCAUGUGUAAAGCACGUACAAUCAUGACCAAAGUUCUUGCUGAAGGUUCUUAAUUAGAAAUAAGGAUGAAGUUUUAUGCCGGAUGUAUUUGUAUAUGUGACGUAUAAUAAUGUCGUGUGUUUGGUGUUUUAGUAGUAGUAUUGGGCAAUUAGAAUGGAUUAUUAGUUUUAUAUCGUAUUCUAUUAUUGUAAUAUCGUGGUCGAUGUUGUGUGAAAUAUAUAAUAUAAUUUAGGUUUAAUCAUUGAA